GCAUUGACUGUCUGUAUUUUUUCACAGCCAGCCUAUGACAAAACAAUAUGCUGAAUUUUCAAAUAUAUAUAUGAAUUUUAAAUAUUUUAAGAACUAAAAAGGAUGUCGAGUGUCGAACGGAGAUUAUUCAAAACAAAAAGCCAUGACUUGGACAAUCGAAAAUUUAGUCAGUGAGGAGGUUGGUGCUGCAUCUAUGUCUGAUGGACUUCCUGUUACUAACCAUGAAAGAGGAGGAAUGGGAUCGUGCUAUAGAAUGUAUGUACUUAAAGCUGGAAUGAUCGAAUGUGUUGAUCAUGGAGAUCUUUUAUACUUUAACAAUGUCAAGUAUGAAGGAACAUUUCCAGUCAAUAUAACUUUGAUUGUACGACCAAAGAGCUUUACAGUCUUUGGUGUAUCUACCGAAGGGAUCUACAUUCCUUUCCCUACUGAGGUAAAUGAUGGAGAUGUUGAGUUAUUGAAAGAACAAAUUGACAUCAAGAUGAUCCCUUACCAAGCCAUGCCAUCGGUUGAUCGUCCACAAACCAUGCAGCAAAUUAUUGCAAAAUCUGCUCAAUAUUUCCCUUAUACAACCAAAAAUGCAGAGCUUGCAAUUUCAAUAUUUGAUUGGACAUCAACCAACUUUAACAGAAUAGUUUACUUUCGAAUGUUUGCAUACACUUUACUUAAAGAUGAUCCUUUGCCGUUGGAUAAUGCGUCUAUAACAAGUGCAAUUUGGACAUCAGACUGGGGAGAUUCCAACCCGAGAAAUGAAGCAUACAUGAACUCCUUUAUGAUGGUACCAGCAGAAACAGAAGAAUCGGUGGUCACGCAGUUUGAAAAACAAGCCCCUACUCUGUAUCAUUACGUGAAUGCGGAGAUUAAUUUAAUUGCAGGCGGUCUUCGAGGGCUUCCAAGAACAAGCACAUUGGCAGUACCGAUACUUUACUCCGGACAAGUCGAUAUGUCGAAUUUUUCAAAAUCACAACUGUGUGCACAUUACCAAGAAUUGCCAGCGAAUGAAGGCCCAAAAGGCACCAAAUUACAGAUGCAACUUUUUCAAGCACGUGUUGGUUUCAUGGCACCUGGGAAGACUGUUACAGUUAAGGGUAUUGUGUCUUUCACAGAUUCAUCUGCCGAUGCAAUGAGAUACUCAAGUGGCAUAUUGCUUACCGUGGAGCCGCCUGCGGGGGCGUUAAUCUGGGAAAAUGCAGCAUAUAUAACACCCUUGUCAAACGAUUUAGAUAAAACUGAAUAUUUAUUCUAUCCUGGCACACGUUUUACCGUUAAAGAAUGGAAAGAUCACAACAAGGAUGUUCAUGGGAGGCGAGUUGUUGAAAUUGUGAUGCAAGUUCUCGUCGAAAGGAAAGAUUGUGAAUGAAAGAAAUUUUAAAAUUGUAGGAUAGUAUUAGAAUUACUUGUGGGAGGGGGCCCCAAAGCCCCCGCUUCGUAAACCUUUAAACCAUAACGAAUACACUAUUUGAGACA